CGGUGGACGUAGUCCUUUUCCGCCCCAUCCAUCAACAGUUAGAUAGAGAGAGAGAGAGAGAGAGAAAGAGAGAGAGAGAGAGAGAGAGCGGGGGCGACUUUUUCUCGCUCCGGCGCUUUCGCCAGGUGUCGAUCGCCGCGCCGCGCUCGUUGGUUUCGAAAGCGUUGGAAAAAUCCGUCGCAGGAAAAUCUGAAGUAAGAAUUAUGAGUGUAGAGAGCACGGCAACCAAUGGUUCCGAAAAACUAUCAUUAGUUGAGGAGCGGAAAGCCAAGAUAAAUGAGGUUAGAGCUAUAUUAGGACCUCUAUCAGGCAAAUCGGCCCUUUAUUGCUUAGAUGCCUCAAUCGCGAGGUAUUUGACAGCAAGGAACUGGAAUGUGAAAAAGGCAACCAAAAUGCUUAAAGAAACCUUGAAAUGGCGUUCAGAAUACAAGCCAGAGGAAAUAUGCUGGGAUGAAGUAGCUGCUGAAGCUGAGACAGGAAAAAUUUACAGAACAAGUUACUGUGACAAGCAUGGAAGGAGUAUUCUUGUAAUGAGACCUGGAUGCCAGAAUACGAAGUCAGUUAAGGGUCAGGUCAAGUACUUGGUGUAUUGCAUGGAGAAUGCCAUUUUAAAUCUGCCACCCAGUCAGGAACAGAUGGUUUGGCUCAUCGAUUUUCAGGGGUUCAACUUGUCCCAUUUAUCAGUGAAGGUAACAAAAGAAACAGCCCAUGUGCUGCAAGAGCACUACCCAGAGAGAUUGGGCGUAGCCAUUCUCUACAACCCUCCAAAGAUUUUCGAGUCGUUCUGGCUGGUGGUGAGACCCUUUCUAGAGCCAAAGACUUACAGAAAGGUCAAAUUUGUGUACUCCGACAACCCGAACACUAAGAAGAUCAUGGAGGACCUAUUUAACAUGGAUGAGCUAGAAAGCGCCUUCGGAGGAAACAAUCAAGUGGCUUUUAAUAUAAAUGAUUACGGUGCUAGGAUGAAAGAAGAGGACAAGAGGAUGCCUUUGAUGUGGACUCCAGGGAGUGCUUCCAUUUCUUCCGAACCGUUUGCAUUGACUGAUCAGAACCCUAAUUCAAGUAACUCCGAGUCAGAUUCCGAGUUAGAGAAGGAGCAUAAAAAAGGAGAUGCAAAUGCAGUUGAUUCCGCCUGUUCAUCGCUGGAGGGCUCAUUGCAUUUGAACGGAAAUGGCAGCAGUGCAGCUGAUCAUCAACAAUAAAUUCGCGCAUAGAAAGAAUAAGUGUUGUUGCUGAGAUCCAAGACGAGGGAUCGAUCUGCACUAACUAUAUUUACUUUUCAUGAAUCUUUUUAUGGUUGCUUCUCUCAAGCUUCAUGUAUGCUUUAACUUCAACGUCCCUUCAAUGUAUGCUUUAACUUUAAUGCCCCUCUGAGGCUUCCAUAGUUCCAUGUAUCGGUAAUAAAUGCCAUAUUAUCUGGAAGAAGGUUAUACUUUCUUUUCCUUUGAUA